UCAAAUGAACAUUGCUUCUUCUUGUGGGUUUUUGGCUAGUAACUCAAAGGCACCAGUCACUGUGUCGACUACUUCGACUACUGGGGGGAAAGGAACGAAAGUCACCGUUUCCUCAGCUCAACCAUCUGCUCCAAAGUCAAUCUUCCCCAUGUCUCAGCGUACUUCUGAUUCUGAUGGGUUUCUCAUCAUCGGCUGCUUGACAAGAGGUUUCUCACCUGCGGACUCGCUUACAAUCAAAUGGAAGGAUGCUGCUGACAAAGAGUUGAGUGAUUUCGUGCAGUAUCCGACGUUCGGACCGGAUGGAGACUACACCAAAAUCAGCCAUAUGCGCGUGAAAAAAAGCGAUUGGGAUCCUCAGAAACCUUACAAAUGCGAAGCUUCAAAUUCUCAAGGCACAAAAAAUGUUAAUAUUAUUCUACGAUCUAAAUUGUCACUAAACCUGAAGCCACCAAAAGAGAAAGAACUGUUUCUCCAUAAUAAAAUUGUCUUGCAAGCUGUUGUUUCUGGAGAUGUAAAAAAGACAGUGCAAGAUGCUUCAGUGUCAUGUAAAGUGAAGGAUGUAAUUUUAACCAGUGGAAAUAUCACACCAGGGAAUGUUGAUUUUUCUACUGAUGCUUCACAACUUAUAAGGAUCCACAAUGUCAUAAUUGAUACAAAGAAAUGGUUUGAUGGUGAAAUGGUCACCUGCACCAUCCGUGACACAAGUAAUAACAGAGACGUCAAGCAGGAGAUCCAUUUUAAAAAAGGAGAUGGACAGAAACCAAGUGUUUUUAUUCACAAACCUGAUCUUAUCGACAAUGAUCGUGUGUCCCUGGUGUGUGAGGUUACUAGCUCUGAACUCGGCGACGUCUAUAUCAUGUGGAAAGUGGGUGAUGAGCCUUACAUAGAGGGAACAACCAGUGCUCCCAUUCAUCAAAAUAACUACACGUCUGUUCUCAGUUUACUAAAAAUGUCAAAAGAAAAGUAUGAACGUCUCAAAGCCACCAUCACCUGCGCAGUCAAACAUGCCAACAUGGACCAUACAGGAUCUCCAUUAGAAGUUUCAACAAGCCAAAUUACACUGACACUGAAGCCACCAAAAGAAAAAGAACUGUUUCUCCAUAAUAAAGUUGUCUUGCAAGCUGUUGUUUCUGGAGAUGUAAAAAAGACAGUGCAAGAUGCUUCAGUGUCAUGUAAAGUGAAGGAUGUAACCGUAACCAGUGGAAAUAUCACACCAGGCAAUGUUGAUUCUUCUACUGAGGUUUCACAAUUUAACAGAGUUCACAAUGUCAUAAUUGAUACAAACAAAUGGUUUGAUGGUGAAAUGGUCACCUGCACCAUCCGUGACACAAAUAAUAACAGAGACGUCAAGCAGGAGAUCCAUUUUAAAAAAGGAGAUGGACAGAAACCGAGUGUUUUUAUUCACAAACCUGAUCUUAUCGACAAAGAUCGUGUGUCCCUGGUGUGUGAGGUUACUAGCUCUGAACUCGGUGACGUCUAUAUCAUGUGGAAAGUGGGUGAUAAGACUUACAUAGAGGGCACAACCAGUGCUCCCAUCCAUCAAAAUAACUACACGUCUGUUCUCAGUUUACUAACAAUGUCAAAAGAAAAGUAUGAAAAAGACACCAUCACCUGUGCAGUCAAACAUGCCAACAUGGACCAUACAGGAUCUCCAUUACAAGCUUUAACAAGCCAAACUACAUUUACACUGACACUCAAAUCACCCAAUGAGAGAGAACUGUUUGUCAAUAAUGCAGUUGUCUUGGAAGCUGUUGUUUCUGGAGAUGCACAAAAAACUGUGAAAGAAGCUUCUGUGUCAUGUAAAGUAAAGAAUGUUCCUGUAAACAGUGAAAAUAUCACACCAGGAGAUAUUGUCUUCUCUACCAACACUUCACUGUUUAUAAAAAUUCACAAUGUUAUCAUUGACACAAAGAAAUGGUUUGAUGGUGAAAUGGUCACCUGCACCAUCCGUGACACAAAUAAUAACAGAGACAUCAAGCAGGAGAUCCAUUUUGAUAAAGGAGAUGGAAAGGAACCCAAUGUUACCAUUUACAAACCUGAUAGUAUCAAAGAUCCUGUCUCUCAUGUGUGUGAAGUCACCAGUCCUAAACUCGGUGAUGUCUAUAUAAUGUGGAAAGUGGAUGAAGAGCCUUACACAGAGGGCAGAACCAGUGCUCGCAUCUAUCAAGAGAAGUCCUUUUCUGUUCUCAGCAUCCUAACAAUGACAAAACAAGAGCCUGAAGAUCACAAAACCAUCACCUGCGCAGUCAAACAUGCCAACAUGAAUAAUAUAGAAUCUCCAUUACAAGUAUCAACAAGCCCAAAUGAGCCACCUGAGCCAGAGAAUGGUUUUGCUCUGCACUGCAAUAAAGAUGUUCUGGAGGACGAUGAGUUCAGAAGUCUCUGGUCCACUGCCACCUCAUUCAUCUUCCUCUUCCUCUUUUCUCUGACCUACAGCGCUGUACUCAGCUUCUUCAAGGUGAAGCACUGAUGGUUUGUUAAAAGAACUGGUGAAGACUCCAAGGUUUUUAAUUUGUUUUGUAAAUGUAAUUAAAUGUUAAUCUAAUCUAUUUUGAAAUCAAAAAGGAAAAUAACCAUCUCUGUAUCUUUUGCUCUGUUUCUGUCUUUCUGUAAGCUUGUUUAAAAACAUAUAGACUUACUGAGAUGUUGAAACUACAUAAUUUACCUCUGUACACACAGAUGUAUAUGUACUGAGUGUUUACAUAUAUUAAUAAAGUCUUAUG